UCACCACUGGAUGGGCGGCGAGGCGCAAAAAGAAAUCAUUUUCUGAACUGCUCGGCUGCACAGCGGGGACGGGGAGUAGCUUGUCAUUGACCGGUGGAGCUGCUUGCUUGCAGGGGUCUUUUCGGUUUGUCCUGGCUGCCGUCGGUGCUUAUGGAUAUGUCUAGCUUAAAGAAGAGGCAGUGAAACAUCUUCUUUUUUUUUUUACAGAAUGGGCUUCGGAGCUCUUUUGUUUGCUGGCGUUUGCUGAUUUCUUUUUCUGUGCUUCAUGUGGUGAAUAAGGCACUGCAAUGAAGAGAGUAAACAGCUUUCAGAGGUUUAUGAACAGACGGGCCUCAGCUAACUGCCGCUACCAGCCCACCUGCUAUGAGCAUGCUGCAAACUGCUACACCCAUGCACUCCUCAUCGUGCCAGCCUUUGUGGGCAUGGCGUUGCUGCAUCGUCUGUCAGACAACGGCUGGGAGAGGAUCACAGCCUGGGUGUACGGAAUGGGUCUCUGUGCCCUCUUCCUGGUCUCCACUGUGUUUCAUAUCAUCACCUGGAAGAAGAGCCACAUGAGGUCCAUGGAACACUGUUUCCACGUGUGUGACAGAGUGGUCAUCUAUUUCUUCAUUGCUGCCUCCUACACACCUUGGUUGAACCUUCGUGAACUUGGCCCUCUGGCAGCACACAUGCGCUGGUUUGUGUGGUUCAUGGCUGCUGCUGGAACCAUAUAUGUUUUCAACUACCAUGAAAAGUAUAAAGUUGUGGAGCUGGCCUUCUACUUGAUGAUGGGCUUUUUCCCUGCAUCAGUCAUAACAUCAAUGAGCAACACGGAGGGCCUCCAGGAGCUGGCCUGCGGUGGACUCAUCUACUGCCUCGGUGUGUUUUUCUUCAAGAGCGACGGCCGCAUCCCCUUCGCCCACGCCAUCUGGCACGUAUUUGUGGCGCUGGCUGCGGCCGUGCACUACUACGCCAUCUGGAAAUACCUCUACAAGGCCCCCAGCGCAGACCCCCUCCACCGGUCGUGACCCCAGCCGAGGCUGCACGCCGGUUCUAUCCGUAUGCUUCUGAGCAGAGGCGCCUGCACACAGACUUCCUCAACUGCCCGCUGAAGCUGCAAACGACACACGUCAAAGUUUACGAAAACAGUGACUAUAGAUUGUUUACUUUUUUCUAGCGUGGAGAACAAAUUUUUCAGCGUCUUCCUUACAAACAAAAGCUGUUUUGUACGACUUAAGUCUUAAAAAAAAAAAAAAAAAAAAAAAGAAUCUUGACAGCGAGGAAGGGAAUUUAGACUUUUUUUACAAUGAACCCUGGCACAUUCAUGAGUAUUUGAGAAAUUUGAUAACAGGUUUUUUUUGUACCGCUUGAAGUGAGUCACAUUCCACAUUGGAGUCAUUUGUCUGUCAAAACCUGGAAAAUAUCAUCCGUCUCAGCUGGUGAUUUUAACACUGGGGAAACGAGUGAGGUGCUAAAAAUCAGCUCUCAUCAGUCGCAGGGCUGGGUAUCGUUUAAAGUUUCUGUACCAGUACCAAAUUUAUACUUUUUGAUACAGUACUUUGCUUAUGAGAAACAAACUUAAAUUAAAAAAAGAAACCAAAGAUUUGAAAAGUUUUCAAAACAUAAACAGCUGUACAAGAAAAAGAGCCACAGUUAAAUAGUUUGGGGUGGUGGCGGGGGGGGGAAAUUAGAUUUUAAUUAUCUAAUAGAUAUUUGACGCCAACUUUUCAUACUCUGAACCAAAAAGUGUUGAGGUAUUAUUCCCAGCCCUGGUCUGUGCUCCGCUGGGGCAUUUUCAAGUUGGUAAGAAAAGAAAGAAAUGAUAAGGAAAAGAUCUGUUUUUGUUUUCCGAUUUCCAUUAUUAGUAUUAUUUUCAUGGGUAUAUAAAUAUAUAUAUAUAUAUAUAUAUAUAUAUAUUUUACCCUUUCUGAUCCCAUCACACACACUCCAGACAAUUGCAUAAUUUUUGGACCAGUAUCCAAAUGCAGUCCUUUUUUAGAGAUCUAGUUUCUCCUUUAAGUUUUUAGCGCCCCCUGCUGGUGUGUGUGUGUGUGCGUGUGUGUGUGUGUGUGUGCGUGUGCGUGUGCGUGUGCGUGUGUGUGUGUGUGUGUGUGUGUGUGGGAUUUUGUUAAUGAGCCAUAUGAGAAAAUCAAUUCAGGCAACGUGAGAGAACUUUUGUCCCCCUACUUUCUUAAAAAUGUGAACAUUGUGCAGUAAAGUGUCUAUGCUGGAUCUUUGUACUGUAGUUCAGAAAUACAUUUCUCUCUCUGUGUUUUUGGCGUGCACCACUAGGACAAAAUGUUUCCUGUCUGUUUUUUGAAACGGGUUUGAUCAGUGGAGAAACUUCCAUGUUCAUGUUUUUGUCUCAUGCUGUUGGUUUUGUAAAUUAGCUUAAUGGCCCCCGAUUCCUAACAUUCCCUUUCCCUCUCAGUGAUGUAUGAAGCUGAAUGAUUGCAUAUUUCUUGGUUUUGGCUCUUGUUGAAAUGAUUUCCUGAACCACUGUGUUUUGUAAUGCCUGUAUAUUCUGUUCGUUUUGUUGAUUACGUGAUCCUGGCCUUUGCGGGGGGGAAGAGAACCC